AUGUCUAAGAUAGGCACUUCAUUUGAGGAAGCACUUGCUGCCAGAAAACGACGGGUCGCUGCCGGCUCUGGCUCAUUAGCGCCUUGUGUUCCCAACCCGUAUACCGAGAGUCUCCCCCCAGUGCUCGACUUCGCCUGCGCGUCCCUAGGCCUGAAAGUGAAUUGCCCCGAUGUCCAAGUCUGUCUUGCAGUUGGCGGAUGGAACGACGACCCCGAAAUCGAUGGGCGGAAGACCAUAGAGAGCAACGUUAGUCUGUCUCUCUUUUGUUCCGGAUCUUCAGAGCGAGAAGACCUCAAACUUCGCUACAACAUGUCGCUGGCGCGCUUCCAGCUCGCAUAUAGUCCUAGAAGGCCAUUGCCACCUUGCGAAGGACCAAAGCUGUUGCCAUUCAAGAGGCAUAAGGGUAAUAUCCACUUCCUAAAGCUUCUUAGUUCGUCGCCGCGCUUGGACGGAUCUGAAGGAGCCGAAGGAGGUCACAGCUAUGUCUUCAAGGUUCGCAUAGGUAAGAAGAAGUAUGCACUAAAGGUCUUCAAGUUCUUUAGUGUCGAGCAAGAACGCUCUUCGGUAUUUCCUACCGAUAGGGUCAAGGCAAGCGAUGAGAUAAUCACCUAUCACUCCGAUCCAUUUUAUGCAGAGUGUAGAGCAUACGGAAAGCUGCAAACCCAUGAGCAACAGCAGCAAGAACAACGAACAAGAGACGAGAGGCGGCAACAUCGGGAACAUCCACACCGACUAGCUGUGCCCUGCUACGGCUAUCUUUAUCUCCCAGCAGAACAGUAUGGGGAAAUUUUCAGCGAGCAAUUUGGGAUUCGAGACUGGGACUGGCCAGAAGAAGAUGAAGACAAGAGCUGGCGGGAGAAGCCACCGUUCCGAGCUUUGGUGAAAGAGCUCGUAGAGUCCAAGGAGGCCAUCGUUAAUGCAGAAGAAAUGGAGCGAGACCUACACGAACUGAGGAAUUUGGGAAUAUACCCAGUAGACCUGUACGCGAGGAAUUACCUGGAUGGAAAACUUGUUGAUUUCAGUAGCGCGAUGAUGUCUCCACACUGGUGGCUUGAUUCUCUCAGACCACUGCGGCGCCAGAGGGUGUUGGACGAGGAGCUUUUGCUAUUCAGAGAGAUGAUCAGAGAGGCACAAACCGAUUCCUGA